AUGCUGAAGCACCGGGCCCUGAGGGUGAGGAAUGCCCUGGUGCGAGAGUGCAUGGCUGAGUUCUUGGGGACUUUCGUCUUGCUGCUCUUUGGCUGUGCGGCUGCAGCGCAGGUGAAGACAAGCAGAGAGACGAAGGGCCAGUUCCUGUCGGCCAACAUGGCCUUUUCUGUGGGUGUCAUGUCAGCUAUGUAUCUCACCAAGGGCAUCACAGGUGCUCAUCUGAACCCAGCGGUGACUCUGAGUUUCUGUGCGUUGGGCCAGGUGCGCUGGGGAAGGCUGGUGCCCUACUGCCUCUCCCAGCUGCUGGGGGCUUACAUGGCAUCAGGGCUUGUCUACCUGGUCUACUAUGAUGCUAUAAUGGAGUUUAGCGGAGGAGUAUUGACUGUAUACGGCCCAAACGAGACAGCAUCUAUAUUUGCCACGUAUCCCUCGGAGUACAUGACUUUGGGCAGGAGUUUCCUUGACCAGGUAGUGGGCACUGGCAUGCUGAUGCUGUGCAUCCUGUGUCUGAGUGAAAAGAGGAACACCCCCGCUCCCUCCGGCCUGAUCCCUGUCAUAGUGGCAGUGAUCGUCCUGGGGAUCUCUAUGUCAAUGUCAGCCAACUGUGGUGCUGCAAUAAAUCCUGCUCGGGACCUGGGGCCUCGCCUCUUUACGUUGACUGCAGGCUGGGGCACAGAGGUCUUCACGUGUUACAACUACUGGUUCUGGGUACCCCUGGUGGCCCCACCUGUCGGAGGUCUUAUAGGUACUUUCAUGUAUGAACUCUUCAUCGACUGGCACCUGCCUGACCCGGGUGAACCAGACGGCCUCUCCGUUCUGUCCACCAUCAGCGACAAAACCAAGCAGCCCAGCACCACGUGGGACAAUGAGUCAAAGGUUGCACAUUUCUAAGUGUUAUUGUUAUGAAAAUAAGUCCUGUAUGACCGCUGCUGCUUUCAGCCCCUCUGUAUCUGGUUUUAAGUGAAUAUAUGAGUUUAGCCGCUGUGAAGAUGCACACACGUCUUGUGGUCUUCUGUUGUUAAAGAGCAGGAGUAUCUUUUUUAUACUCUAUACUGUUUGGACUAUAGUCAGCUUCAUUCUCACAGCCAGUAGAGGUGGAGGCAAAGGAGAUUGUGUGAUAAUGCUGUUUACAUUGAUGUCUGUAUUCUUAGAAUAUUGAUUUAUUUGUGAUAAAUUAUA